AAGCUGAUGGAGAAAUAUAUGGAACAGAAAAACGUUGUAAUCCGAUAAUCACGAAUUCAUGAUUAAAAUCCCUUCUUUCUUCAUAGAAUCACGCCUAUCAAAGUAUCAAUCGAUCGAUCGGAUUCUGUCAAGAUUUUCGCUCUCCUCUCCUCUUUAUCCCAGUUCUCACUUCUCACCAAGGCCGAAUUUGCUGUUUUCAGUUUCUUAAUUCUCCUACUCGAGAUGUCGGAUUAUCUAUGCGAAGAUUUGAUUGUUGAAAUAUUUGCAAGACUACCACCGAAAUCCCUCCUCCGAUUUAGAUCACUCUCUAAAUCGUUAUAUACUUGUAUUUCUACCCAUGGUUUUAUACGCAUGCACACUCUUAGAUCCCCCAAAAAAAUCCACUUCAUUCAUCUAAUUAGCGAUGACAAAAAUGAAAAACAACAAGAAUUCUUUUACACAUCACAUGGAGAGGAGGAGGAAUUGGCAUUGUAUUUGUGUCCCAAACGUGGAUACAUUGAUAUAACAACAGAAGUCCCGUUCCCUUCUGGCCCACCUAUUGGUUCAUGUAAUGGAACUUUCUGUUUGUGGACUAAAAAAGGUUUGAUUCUAUGGAACCCUUCAAUCAGGCGCAAACUAAUCGUGCCUGAAUUUCCUCAGAGAUCUGAACCCUUUUCGUUGCGAGGGAUUGGGUUUGGAUUCGAUCCAAUCAGUGAUGACUACAAAGUUGUCCAGAUAUCAUAUGUCAAAGGCAACAAUUCAUUUGUUUAUGCUGUGAAGAGUGGCACAUGGUGUGAGAUUGCUUCCCCUAAACAUCAAAAUCAGAUUCAGAUUUUCCGUUACGAUUCCUUUUUUUUCAAUGGAGUGUUGCAUUGGGUGACAUAUAUUAAUCAAAGAGAAAAGAAAAACGCAUGCAUUAGUUGUAUACUAACAUUCAAUUUGAGCACUCAUGUUUUUGAUAUGAUUCCAGUGCCUAUGUCCAUUCGGAAUUGGACGACAUCGGGACUAACAACCAUCCAAGGUUCUUUAGCUUUGAUUUCUUGUAAUGGUGAAAUUAGUGAAAGUUGGAUUCGGGUAUGGAGAGAUGCUUCGUGGUCUGUGGGUUUUAAAUUGAAAAUAGAUCAACUUUUUAUUUUAGGUGUUUUGGAAUUGCAUCCGCAAGCUUUGUUGCUCAAUACUUUCUCUCAUGGGCUCCAUGUUUAUAAUCUCAAGACGGGGGUGUCAUCAAGAGUAGGCGACUUCAAUGCUGCUUCAAGUUUAUGUAACUUUUAUCAGUGUGUUGAAACCCUCCAUUUGUUAGACAUGGGGGAGACUAUUGCUGAAACGGAACUACAGAAGAACUAUGAAAGAAAAAAAUAACAACAUUACAUUUUGAAUUUCAAACAUUUUAAUUACCAUUUUGGUAUUUGUCAUUGGUACAAAAGUUUUUUUUUUAGUGAAUAAAUUAACAUAUAUGUAAUUUCCUGCUUGUUUGCCAAUAAAAGAGAUAUUAUUGAGGGUAAAAUUGUUGAUGAUUGAUGAUCACAUCAAGCAGAAUAUACUUGUAAAAUCCAGCCCAUCAGGCACAUUUUUCUCCAUGUGAGUGCAUUUAGAACUUCAUAUAUGAUCUGGCAUUUUGUCGAGCACGUAGUAGGCGUCUGUGCUAUGAGCGCAUCUAAACCACUCAGCAUAUCAUCAAAAUUCAGAACCUGGAAACAAGCAAACUGGGCACACAACUAUGAAUAGACUAAAAUAAACCCUCAAGUUCUUAAAGCAUCAAGUUUUACAUGAGCUCGGCUCGGGCUCAACUUGUUUGUGAGACCUGACUAAAUGC